UGGUCGUCAUCUGUGUGGCUCCGGCCACGCUGGCCGCCUUAUUUCGCGAACACACCGAGCCCCUUCCUGCUUCGGGGCCUUCGCCCUUUCUCUUCUCAAAUGUUCUCCACCGCGAGGGCUCCUGGCACCCCUGUGUAAAGUGGCCCCCGUCCCUCUGUCUCAUACCCCUGUUUUACUUUGUCCAGAGCUCAGCUUCUUGAAAAGUCUCCACUGCCCGCCUCUUCCCUAGAAGGUCGGCUCCGCGAGGGACGCAGUCUCGCCAGGCUCGCUCACUGCCCGUCCCCGGGGCCGCGCUUAGCAUGUGCUCACGUCCUGUGUUGGACUCACUAGGGGCUGGUGGGAAAGACAGACUCCGGACUCCGGGGACGCCCCCCGGGCGCGAGUGCCCAUGAAGCUGCUGCUCUGAGCUGGCCUAGAAUGCGUUUCCUACUCAUCUAGUGAGGAGUGAAAGUUGAGGGCUCCGGGCCCGGGCUUCAGAGAGGACCAUGGCCCCCUGCCCACGGGCACACACGUGUGGCCUCCUGCUGCUGCUGCUGCCAUCACUGGGGGCCGGCCCUGCCCUGGCCCGGCUCCCCAGGCGCCUUGAGGACUCGGAACCACACCUGAUCCCAGGAGCCCACCCCCAAAGUGCUCCUGGCACUGAGGCCCAAGCCUUGGACUUCCUCUGGGAGAAGCCCAGAGAUGGGAGCCCCUGGCACUCAGAUGGCCCCCAGGUCUCUGCUGAAGGGGUGCCUGAGAGGCCCGCAGAUGCUCCCCUGGGCCCAGCCCUGCAUGGACCUAAAGCUGCGCAUGGGGCUCAGAGAGAAGGACUCCCAGGGACCGAUGACCUCCAGAUGGCCCGAGGGCCGAGUUCUCAGGGCUGGACAGGACCUCCUGAUUCACAGGAGCCUUUGGAACAGGAAGCACCAGCCCCUCACCCAGUGGGGGCCCCCCACCUCACUUUCAUUCCAACUCCCCAACUCCAGCUCCAGGGGGCCACGGUUCCUCCCUCCCCACAGGGGUCCGCAGGCCAAGCGGGCCAGCAGCCACCUACAGAGGAGGAGCCACUGGCUGAGGCUGAGGCUGGGGUCCUGGAGACAUCGCUCUUAGGCCGCCAGGGCCCAACCCACACUGGUGUGCCACCCCCAGGCGCUUCCCGGAGGCCUGAGCCGGACGCUGGGGGUGUCGGCGAGGAGUUCUUCCAGGAGGCCGCCCAAGGUCCGGUCUUCACCUGGCAGGACCCGGCAGCCCCUGGUGUUCGCGCGGUACCCCCGGUUGAGGCGGAGUCCUCUCAGGCGCCUGAGGCCCAGCCAGACCCGACAGUGACCAGAAGCCUUCCCCCCGCUGACGAGCUGCCAGCAGAGUCUCCCGAGAAGGCUGGAGCUGGGGAGACCCGGGAAGACGGUUUUCCACGCCCCUCGCCCACGCAGGUUGACCUCCCUGAGGUCAAGGGCUCGCCGGGACCCCAGGCGACAGGUCCCCCCGCCUCAGAGACUCCUGACGGGCAGCCUCAGCCUGAGAUAGCGGCAAUAAAUGGAGCAGACCCCGUGUCCCCCCAGCGGGUGAGAGGGGCAGUGGAGAACCCAGGUACCCCCAAGUCCCUCAUCCCUGACCUGUUGGACUUUCGCCCAGCGACAAACCGAACAGAGAGCCCUGUGGGGGCCCUGCAGCCAGAUGAAGCUGAGGAGUGGCCUGGUCGCCCCCAAAGCCAUCCCCCAGCACCUCCAGUCCAGGCCCCCUCAACGUCCCGCCGGGGCCUCAUUCGGGUCACCACGCAGCGCGCCCUGGGCCAGCCGCCCCCUCCGGAGCCCUCAGCCAGCUCCAUGGUUUCAGUGGCAGCCUCCAGCCCCCCAGCCAACGCCACGGCGCCGCCCCUGCGCUGGGGCCCCCUGCGGAGGGUGCUGAGCUUUUCCUGGGAGCUGCACGUCUACGGGGUGGGGGUGCUCUUCCUGCUGCCCGCCUUGCUGGCCCUGGCCACCCUGGCUGCCGCCCCGGGCCCCCGGCUGGUCCUGGCGGCCGCGCUGCUGGUCCUCCUGGCGUCCGUGCUGCGUUCGGCCUACAUGCUCGCCGACCCCUACGGCUCGCAGGCGAGGCUGGGCCUCCGCGCCGGCCUGGUGCUCUACAACCUGCCCUUCCCCCUGCUGCUCACCGCGCUGGGCGCCCUGACCCUGCUUGGCCUGGGCGCGGGGCUGCCCCCGCCACUGCAGAACCCGCUCCUGCUGGGGGUGCUGGCGUCGGCGCACGGCGCGGGGCUGCUGGCCACUGACCUGCUGUCCCGGAGGCCUGCGCUCAAUCUCCUGGCCCAGGGCGUGUCCUGCGCCUGGGGCGCGGCCGUGGCUCUGGGCACGCUCUGCCUGUGCCGGCGCCGCCUGCUGGACGGGCCGCGGGGCUGGGGGGCCAGCCCGGGCCCGAGGCUGCUGGCCGUGGCCGGCGCGCUGGGGCUGCUGGCCAGCGGCCUGCAGCUGGCCGCCGCGCUCUGGCUGUACCCGGGCCCGGGCCGCGUGGGCCGCUUCUCGUGGGCCUGGUGGGGCGUGCACUUCUGGCUGCGCCUGCUGGAGCUCACCUGGGCGCUGGCCCUGGCGCUGGCCGGCGUGGCCGCCGCGAGGCCCCGGCCGCCCACGGAGCACGCCUGCUGGGCUAAGCUGCUGCGCCUGGCGUGCCCCGCGCCCGCGGGCAAGAGCGAGGUGCCGGAGCGCCCCAACAACUGCUUCGCGGGGCCGAGCGGCGGCAUGGGCGCGGGCAGCCUGGACAUCAGCAAGAGCCUCAUCCGCAACCCCGCGGAGGGGGCGCCGCCGGCCGCGCCGGCGGGCGCCUGGGGCUCGGCGGCGUCGCUGGGGCGCGGCCCGGGGCCGUCGCGCGGCAGCGAGGGGCCGGCGCCGGGCGAGAGCGAGCUGGACCUGCGGCCGCCGUCGCCCAUCAACCUGAGCCGCAGCAUCGACGCCGCGCUCUUCCGCGAGCACCUGGUGCGCGACAGCGUGUUCCGGCGCUGCGGCCUGGCCUCCUCGCCGCGGGGCGCGCUGCGGCCGCGGCGGGGCAGCCACCCCGACGCCGAGCUGGACGGCGCGGGCCCCGCGCGGCUCCGCGGGCGCUGCCGGUCGCUGAGCGACGUGCGCGGGCGCGGGCCGGUGCCGCCGCGCCCGGAGGAGCCCCGCGCGGCGGCCUCGGGCAGCUCCCUGGACAGCUUCUCGCGGGGCUCCCUCAAGAUCAGCUGGAACCCCUGGCGCCACGGGCUGUCGUCGGGGGACAGCCUGCCCCUGGACGAGCCGCCCAGCACCGUGCAGCUCCUGCCCGCGCCCGCCGCGCCCCGGCCCGCCGCGCCCCCGCGCGAAGGCGUCCAGCCGCCCGGCCGGCCCGGGGACUCGCGCAGCGCCUCCAGCGACACCAUCGAGCUCUGA